UGUUUUCCUGAGGCCCCCAUGGCUGUUGUGCCAGCACUCAUGUAGGUUUAUCCACCCACGGCUAUACCUUCGGAAUAUUCGCUCGAUUACUCACCGGGUCGGUAUCCACGUGCAUUUUCGGGAGUUGCCAGUCCCAUAGAAGUUGCCGUUGGCGAAAGGAGGGUUUUCCCAUUCCCGACGACAAGUCCGGGGCGCGUUUUGGUCAACCUCGGCGGUUCCCGUGAGCGACAGCAAAAAUUUCGGGUUUUGACUUAGGCGGCGAAGUGUUUGACCCUUUCGCGGACGAGGCGAGAGAGGAUCUACCCUUCCCUGCCGUGGACCCAGUGCAACCGAACGGACCCAACUUUGAGGCGGAGAAAAUGAGCCAAGCGAAGCGAGAGGCAGGCGAGGGCCAGCCCGGGACUUCGGAGGAGGCAGCGCCGCAGCCCGUGAAGAGAGGUCGCGGCAGGCCGAGAAAAAAUCCGGAAAGUAAACCUCCCGAAGGUCCGGUAGUGAAGAGGCCGCGGGGAAGACCACCCGGUAGCAAGAAUAAGAACCCUUCCAAGCGAGCGCAGAAGGAGCCGAAGAAACCCAGAGGCAGGCCACGUAAAUGGCCUGCAGCACAACCAAAGAAGGAGGCUGAAGCUGAGGGUGGGGAGGCAGCAGCAGCCGCUCAGGAGGAGGAGUCAGCAGAGGGAGAGGAGACGGAGUAAAGUCACCUGUCAGCUGGGGCUACCACAGACAUGUUGGUUGAGGGACAACCACUUCUGACUACUUUUUCACCACUUCCCUAUAAAACAAAACAGCCUACAGGACUGAUGGUUAGAACUGUACUCAGCUGUACAUGUAGAAACCAUAUAUAUGACAAUGUAUGGAAGAAGACUGACUGGCAGCCAACUUUAAACAUGCAGGUGGAGUGGACGACCUUACAGGGAGGGAAGAUUGGAAUUGUGAAAGGCUUUGUGAUCCCCAUUACUCAUGGGGAGCAGUAUUAAUGCAUCCACUGCCAAGACAUGUUGUCUCUCCUAUGGUUUACUCUCUUGAUUAGGUAGAGUUUGGAGUUUCCAAAGAAAUUGUAGGGGAUGUAUGCUGUUGAAAUAAGAUAUGGUAAUGAAGAUAGUGUAGUGAAAGCUUGAGAGAACGUGUAAUAUGAUAAAGGUGAUUGCUUGUUUGUAAUGAACCAGGAUGGUGGUAAAGUUAUAUAUAUGUAGCUCUUUUACUGCUCUUUCUGUGUAUCUGUUGGUAGUAUCUCUUGUUCGUAUUGUUUCUUGAGGUUACAUUCCUUAUUUUGUGUGGUACAGUGACAGGUGAAAUAGGCUAUUGUUUAAUGAAAAAAAUAUAACUUUAACUUGUAAUUUCAAAUGAUGAAAUACACAGAUUGCAAUGUGAUUCCAGCACAACAGUCUUGCCGUACAAAACUUUUGUUUCAGUUCUUACAUCGUCUUCUGCUUUAAGUACUGCCCUCAAACGCUCAAAUGUACUACAUCCCUUACCUCUGUGCCCAUCACAGUUGGGAAUUACUGGACUUUGGACUUGUUUAUUACUUAUUUCUCUGUAAGAUUACUCAAAUGAAACAAAACUUGUUGUGCUGUGGUCAGUUGGUCUUAUAUACUGAAGGAUUCUGUUAAUCAUUUCACAGAUGUGCCAAUUGCAUGUAAUCAGUAGCAUGGGCUAAAAUUCUUGACCAUGUAAAGACUGGCUGUGCCACAAAGGCUUACUUUCUCCCAGGGGCUAUAUAUUCAACCACCAGCACUGUAAAGGUGCCUUAGUGCACUACAUUUCUACUGGAACAGUACUAGUGAUACGUUAGAGUGGUAGUUCACUCUCUCAUGCUCACUAUCAGGUUUAUCGUCUUGUUCCCCGUUGGACGAGGGCUAGAUACCUUAUAGACAUCCUUUGGGAAAAGUUUAAAAUGAUGACAUGAAUGAGGGGAGUAUGACUCAUAGGUGUGAAAUAAAGGGAGGUGUGUUGAUUGAAUAGGAUCAUCAUACGUAAGGAACAAGAAGUCGCAUGAUGGUAAUGUAGGCAUGAGAUUGACAUAAAUGUGACUAUGACUCAGAAAAACUUUCAUGUAUGUUUGUGGAUGAUGAAAAACAGAUGGGGUGAGAGAACAGUAGGACAAUUAAUGAGGGCUUAAAUGCUGAUCUUUUCUCAACUACAUUUUUAAGUACGAUUUCUUUCAAACACAUUUGAUACAAUGCUCUAGGCAAGUGUCCCUAAACAAGAGGGCUCACACAGAGUUGACAUCCAUGUUGUCAGUGCUAAUUUUGAAGGGUAUCGUUGGUACUUUGUGAUGCCAUAAGGAAGAUGUGAGUGUUCGUAAUAUUUUACAAUACUGUUAGAAGAAUAUAUAUGAAGUCAUACAGCCAGUACUGUUCGUACUCCUGUACUACUGUGGAUGCACCCUUCAAUUUUUAAGGACUACUAGUAACUUAAAGGAAGCACCUUCUGACUUCAAGUGUUCUAUGUGCCAUUGGAGUCAAGUAGUUAAAACAAUGGUUCUUAUAUAUGUUCAAUUUCUUGGUUUCAGUUAGUAUGUGGUUAGUUAUACUAUGGUAGAUGUAGUAAGGUUAUAUGUUUACCUUUUAUGAUUUGUUAUAAAAGAUAUUUCUAUAGUUUGAAAGUUAUGUGUAGAUAUUUGAUAAAGACGACUCUGACAUAUAUAUGUUUAAUCUUCAUAUACUGACAACCGAAUGCAAUAUGAUGCCAUACGUCAAUGAAUACUGAAGGAGUUAUAUGAUUGGUUGAGGUGGAGAAAGAAUAUAUUUUUAAACCAAUCAGACAGUUUGUACCUCAAGAUGUUAAUAGAAUGAUGGCUACCUCUGAGGUUUGUAAUGUGCUGUUUUUCAGAUAGAUAAUUCAUACAGAUACAUUGAUAUACAGGUACUAGACAAACAGGGGUAAUAAGAUAAGGAAGGCUGAUAGGAAAAUAUUUUCAUGCAACUUUGUGAUGAAUCUGGUGCUGGAGUCAGUAACAAUCCAUUUUGUAAUACUGUAACAGGGUGUGAAAUAGACAUUUCAACACCAAAGUCCAAAGUUCGGCUGCUCAAUAUUUUUUGAGGUUGUUCACUACUAGUUUAUCAUAUAACCAUCAAAAGUUAGAAACCAAGAAAUUGAUUUGGUGUGGCUAAUAGCUUGGAACAAAAACUCUAGCUAGCUAGCUAAGCUACCAUGGAUUCAGAAACUGGGUAUCCAGGAUUAAAGUAGGUUGCAAAAAGCUAGCAGCAAUCCUCUAUUUUGCACCCUGUUCAGACACUGUUUUUGUUACAUAAAAAGGAAAGACAUAUCUCUUUGGCUGGUGCACCAUAUAGUAUGGGUCUCUUUGGACAUUCAGCAUGGGAUUUAGGGUAAUUCUUUCUUUUAGACGUAACAGCAGUGCACAAGAACAUCUAACACUGAGCCGUGAAAAAAAGAUCAUCAGCUGUGAAUGUGAUGUGUCCAGUAUAUAUCAAUGUCUCAAUAACAAGAGCUCCAAGGUGCCGUGAUAUAUGAUGGAUAUACAUGUAGAUAACAAGUGUAUGCGCAGCAUUUCUCUGUAUUUCUGAAUAUCGUUUUGGUAGUAAUACAGUUCUUUAGAAAAACAA